CAAAUAUGAAUGUCCAAGUUAAGUGCCGCCAUAACUCAAAUCCAUUGGAGGAAUUCGGUCCUCACAUAGCGCCAUGCGCUCUAGCGAACUAUUUAAAAGACAUGUAUAUCUGUACCACAAACUGCAUGUGUUUGUGAUGUGAUGCAUCUGUACUUUACUGCUUGCUAUGAAUGACAGAAAACAAAACAUUGUUGGUUUCCUGUUAUAUCUAUUAGCUGUAUGGGCACAGUACCCUUUGCCUUCCUAAAACAAGUAAAGAAAUUUAAAAUAUGUUGUCCCAGAAUUGUCAUUUUGCUUUAUAAUUUUGUAUUUUGUUUUUGUAUUAACAACAGUUGCUGAAUCGUAUCUUGUUAAAAAUAAUGGUUUCAAGUGAAGAAGAAUCGGAUGUAAAAACUGGUGACGCAGUAGAAUGGGAUGUCGACAUGGAAAUCCAAUUGUUUUACGCCAUGGCAAAUCAUAAGCCGGUUGGUAUAAACAAACAUUUUCACAUGGCUUGUAUUUGGGAGAAACUAUCCAAUUCUAUCACAAAAGAAAUAUCGACGCAAGACAUCUGGAAACACUUGGAGACAUUGUAUGACAUAUCGAUGUUGGAUGAUACAGAACCUAUACCAUUCCCGAAUCAUGAAGUGCCUUUCAGUUUACCAGAGAGUGAAUUUGGCGCCCUAAUGAAACACAAAUGUAAAGAAACUGUGACAGCUGAUGAUAAUGAAGAUGAGCGGAGCCUGUCACCUAAGCCUUCAACCCCUAAAAGCAGUUCUAGGGGCUUUGCAUCUAAAGAUAAUACACCCAAAGGACUGAAUCGUAAAGACAGUAUCAGUGCAUUAGCUACAAAAAGCCGGAAAGAAAGUGGUAGUUCUCAUGCAUCUACCGACACACCAAGCAUAAAAUCUGAGAAAGAUUAUGGUAAGAAUAGAAGGAGAGAUUCACGAGACUCAAAUGCUUCCGGUACUAGAGAGAGUUCCACUAGUAGAAAAUCAACUUCACAAAGAGAUAGGACACCAAAAGCUAAAGUUGCUUCUGCAGCAGUAUGGGACUCUCCAUUACUCGACGAAGACAGCAUUGCUCGGCGUGGUAGACGGAGAGCUAACACUUCUACCCCGCCUGCUACCACGCCCGCCAAGCGUCGAAGGACUUGACAUACUCCCGCUCAUUCGUACCAACAGUACUUCUGACACCCGCAGUAUCCCUACGAGGGAUACGACAGAAACCACUAUAGCAACAACACAUAUUCAACCCAUAGAAAGUACAGAUGAAGUACUUGGCUUUGAAGAUUUUUAUGUCAUAAUUGUAGUUGUAAAUAAAAAUAUAUACGUCAAGGGACUCGGCAGGCGUCCACUUAUAUCACCAGUAGUUUUGCAUUCUAAUCAUUCUAUCACAAGUACUCUGACACCCGCCGUAUCCCUACAAGGGGUACGAUAGAAAACAAUAUAACAACAACAUAUAUUCAACCUUAGAUUAAAACCAAAAGGGAAGAUACGGCACUCGCGGCUCAAAAGUGAUCCGCUUAAAUUGUGGUGUAUGACCACAAUUCGCUUUAGUCACAAUCGAACAUUCAAACAAGCUGCAUGUGCACUCAAUAUAACAAUAUUUCGUAUAUUCUGUGUUAUGAAGAUAAAACAAUGCCUUCGAUGCUUUUAUAAAGAACACAAAUAGUUCGAAAUCAAAUAACAAAUGCCUCGCCAACACUUUUCAUUGGUAGAACUGUAAAAUCAUUAUUUUCUCAAAAAUUACGGUUUGUCGUGAAUGUUGUUUACGUUAUCGCCAUUUUGUUAUCAAGAAAAGGACAACAAUACGCUGCGUUGAAGCAUACACUUCUGUCUCGCUCUCUUGAUUGAAUGUUUAUAUACAGGCGUGUGCGUGAGUGAGAGUUGAUAAUAUAGUUCAGUCGGUGCAUAUUUUAUUUGAUGCUAGUAUUAGCGUACCGUAUCUACCCUUUUCUCUUACACUUAAAACUAAAUUUAAAUCCAGUCUCUCCUCAUUCUGUAUAAAGAAUGACAAAGAUAAAAUAUUGUCAAAUUUAAGUUAUUUAAGUUUAAAGCUAUAAAGAAUCAUGUCAGAAUCGACAUCAUUAUCACACUAAUAUUGUAAAGGCGAAAGUUUGUGAGUGUGUAUGUUUGUUACUUUUUCACGCCUAAACGGCUGGGGCGAUUUUAAUAAAAUUUGGUAUGAAGUUAGCUGACACCCUGGAUUUCGAUUUUCGGACACAUGGGCUUCGUUUUACUGCGGGAAAAUAUCCCUAAUAAACAGCGGGUAACACCGCGGGGCACAGCUAGUUGUAAAUAAAAAUAUAUACGCACAGGACUCGACACGCGUCCACUUAUAUCACCAGUAGUUAUGCAUUCAUAUCACCAGGA